UUUUGUAGGUACAAGCCUGUGCAAAAAGUGGAUGGAGUUGCAGAUGGUUUCACAGGAAGUGGUCAACAGACAGGCACAUCUGCUGAACAAACUAUAAUUGCCCAAAGUCAACAUCAUCGACAGUUUUUAGAUACAUCUCGAGUACUUCCAGAGUUUGAAGAAGUUGACAUAUCUUCUCUACCAGAUGGUACUGCUCUUGAAGACAUAAAAUCAUUGCAAAGUCUUUAUCGAGAGCACUGUGAGGCAAUAGUGGAUGUUGUUGUGAAUCUUCAGUUUAGCCUGAUAGAAAAAUUGUGGCAAACUUUCUGGCGCUAUUCUCCUUCUGCUCCAGCUGAUGGCACUGGUAUUAUUGAAGCAAGCAAUCUGACUGAAAUAGAAAGUCGACUUCCAAAAGGAAAACUGAUUACUCUGUGCAAAAAUGAGUCUAUUCUGAAAUGGAUUUGUAAUUGUGACCAUGUGAUGUACCAGGCGUUGGUGGAGAUUCUCAUUCCUGAUGUCCUUAGACCUAUUCCUAGUGCCUUGACCCAAGCCAUUCGCAAUUUUGCAAAAAGCCUUGAAGGUUGGCUUUCCAGUGCUAUGAACAAUAUUCCACAGAGAAUGAUAGAAACCAAGGUUGCCACUGUAAGUGCCUUUGCCCAGACUCUGCGAAGAUACACAUCUCUUAAUCACCUGGCUCAGGCAGCUCGGGCUGUGCUUCAGAACACUUCUCAGAUCAACCAGAUGCUCAGUGAUCUCAACCGUGUUGAUUUUGCCAAUGUCCAGGAGCAGGCUUCCUGGGUGUGUCAGUGUGAUGACAGUAUAGUUCAAAGAGUAGAAACAGAUUUCAAGAUGAUUCUACAGCAGCAGAGCACUCUGGAGCAGUGGGCUGCCUGGCUUGAUAAUGUAAUGAUGCAAGCAUUGAAACCAUAUGAAGGAAGACCCAGCUUUCCUAAAGCAGCACGACAAUUUCUUUUAAAAUGGUCUUUCUACAGCUCAAUGGUGAUUCGAGAUUUAACCUUACGCAGUGCUGCUAGCUUUGGCUCUUUUCAUCUGAUCCGCUUGCUUUAUGAUGAGUACAUGUUUUACUUAGUAGAACAUCGUGUUGCUCAGGCAACAGGAGAGACACCUAUCGCAGUUAUGGGAGAGUUUGGUGAUUUAAAUGCUACAUCCCCUGGAAAUAUGGAUAAAGAUGAGGGCAGCGAAGUUGAAAGUGAAAUAGAAGACACGGAUGAAAAUGGAGAGCCACAGGACAAGAGGGAGAAAACAGAACUGCAUCGGGCGGGCUGUGUGCAGCAGCCAGCGCUUGAGAGUGGAGUAGAGCAGAACCUCCUGAACCCACUUAAUAAUGAGCACAUUGUUGCAAAUACUCAGACUGUCAGACAAUGCAGUGCUACUGGAAAUACAUAUACUGCAGUCUAA